AUGCCUUAUAGCAAUAGUAAUGCUAACAUGAGCUAUAUGGACAUCAAUAACAUGCACACUGGCACAAUUAUUCCCCCACAUCUUGUUUCUCAGUCUCUCUCCUCGAAACCCAUGUCCAACUCUCUUGCCCUUGUACACCACCCAUUUUCUCUCUCCAUCAUACGUUAUAUAUACACGUCCAUUUUGAAUACUGAUUUUUUUGGGGGGUUAUUUUUCGAUAUUUGGCCAGCAAACGAAUAUGGAGAGGUGGCAAUAAUGGAGAAGAAUUUUGAGUUAGCUAAUGUUGGUGGAAGAAGAAGCAAAGAUGAAGAGCAUGAGAGCAGAUCUAGGAGUGACAAUAUGAAGGGUGCCUUAGGAGAUGAUCAAGAUGCUACCGACAAGCCGUCGAGGAAAAAAAGAUACUACCUACACACCUCUCAGCAAAUUCAAGAACUUGAAGCGUAA